UACUUGGACGUGAAAUGUCAUGCCACCUCCUCUUCGUUUCGGUCCUUUAUGUCAACUUGGGAAACCUCGUUUAUAACUGUAUGGCUGCAGUUACUAGAUGUCUGCUUAUUAGAUCUAGCACAAACUUGGCCAAUGGAAUAUCGUACAACAAAACAUCUUUUGCGGUCAGAUGUUCAAUCUACGCUCAGUUUCUGCUGAUUGUUCUAGUUCUAACCUGUAACUCGCCAGACCAGGGUGUUCUUUACCAUACUUGCAUGGGAGAAAAGAGUUUUGACCUUGCGCCAGGGCUCAAUUUGAUAUGGAUCAUUGGAAACUUCUUCAACGUAACAACUGUAAUCUCCUAUCUCAGGAUAUUUUUCUAUUUGAGAAAUAUGACUGAGAGAAACGUUGCGCUGAAAGCUGCAGACAAAAUGGCGGACAGGAAGAAAAAUCUGCUGCCAGCCAAGAUCGAGACCCGUCAGUUCUAUAUUUCCUUCCUCAUGGAUUUGACCCAUUGCCUAGGAACACCAGCACUUAUCCUUUACAGUUCGUUCGAGCUCCGGCAGAGAGCUAAACAUAUUUUAGGUUUUUAGUAUUUUAAUUUUUGUGAACAAAAUCAAUACAUCCACUCUAAAUUCCAGUUCAUUUCAAGUACCGGGCAUAAUUUUAUGCAGCUUAAAGGUGUACAUUUGUUGACAGAUAACAGCGACACGACAGAUGAACUGGUUUAUUUAAGGCCCGUCUGAACUCCGGGUAGGUAACUAAAUACAGUCCGGAUAAUUCCUUGGUCGAUCGGCCACAAACACACACCACAGAGUAACCCCGUCACAAGAAAUCGAUAACAAAAACCUGAAUUCCCAAAAAAAUAACAUAAAUUAUAGGUCAUGGUUACUUGUACAAUGUUAUAAUAAAUGUUAAUAAUAGAAAAAAUCUUACGAUUUAUUUUUCCAUGGUUCGGGGAAACUUAUUGUUGGUCAGUAUUGAAAUUCUAUUUUUAAACUUCUGAAAAAAUUACAGCUGAAUAUUUUACGAAAUUCACUAAUGCUUCAUAUGAAAAUAUUUUGUUUAACUUUAAUGAUUUCACAAUAACAAAAAUGGUUGAAGUUCCGUGGGACAAAGAACAAAGAGUAUGCGGGCUGAAAUAAUUUGGUUUGGCCUGUCUCCGAGAGGAAAUUUUACGUUGAAGACGACAUUAUCCAGAGGUCUUAAAGUUAAUGGUUAACAACAUUACAAUUACAAACUAUAAUUAGGCAAACAGGGACUGUGAGCCAAAGGAAUGACCCCCUCCUAGUGAGAUUUUAAUCAGAAUUUUUUUUUCAAACCUUUCGUUCACAGUUUGCUAAAAUUGUUCAAAAUAUCAACUUUUCA